AGACAAGGUGCUGAGGCAACCAACGGAAAAGACAAGACAUCGGGUGAAAAUGAUGGGCAGAAGAAAGUUCAAGAAGAAUUUGACAUCGACAUGGACGCACCAGAGACAGAGCGUGCAGCAGUGGCCAUUCAGUCUCAGUUCAGAAAAUUCCAGAAGAAAAAGGCUGGAUCUCAGUCCUAGUUGGGGAGCUCCUUCAUAGCCCAUCUGAAGACCCCAAGUUCAACCAUCAUCUGUCAGGAAAUUGAGAGAA